AUGAUACGAGGUCAAAUCGCGAGAAAGGAAUUCCAAAGUUUAAAUAAUUGUCUACGUAAGAAAAUACAAGUAAUCAAGAAUGUGCGUGACAGGUUUGUGACUGACACUAGAAAGAGGAUCAUUUCAAUCAGCUCCCAAGUGUACGGUUUAUCCAUUCAUUCUAAGGGCGUGAUGAAUUCUUCCGAUCUACAUCCACCAUCAACGUUGAAGGAUCUUUAUGUGCCUGGACUAUUCUUAGGAUCUUGAAGAGCAGUUAUUUUGUUUAAGGGGAAUAUGCAAGCAUUACGAACAUAUAUUACCGGGCCUCCUAAAAGAUGGACGCUCCACAAUUAGAUUUACUUCCCCAAAAAGUUUCUUAAACAUGUGGUGUAACCUUUGACAUGUAUUACGUCAAUAUCCCAAGAGUUUUCUCCGUCUGCUACCAAUUUGUCGAUAAAUGCAAAAAAACUUAAUGUCAAAAGUCUGUCAAAUCGUUUCUCUUGAUCCGCAUUCCUAGUUUUUUAAUUGAGCGUGGAAGGGUGAGUCCCCUUAGAUUGACUCCAAUAGGAGGCGAGUAACUUCUCUCUAAUGCAUACAGCUAGUUAUAUUUUGCAGCCAUCCGUUUGUUAUUAUAGAUUAAUUUGAUCACGACUAAGACUGCGCAGGGUAAAAUGGAAGCUGAUAGUUGACGAUAUGGAUUUGACCUAGUUGCUGAUUACGAUCUAACAGAGAAAUUUGGUGCCGUAUGGGAUCGGGAAAUAUUACAUUGAUGGCAAGAAUUACUGCGAAAGCAAUAAAUACGCACCGUGCAAAAGCAAGACAGUACAAAAUAGAUCAGCGUGAAAAGUUGACGGAAAGAGAGAGGGAGCGGCCGGAAAGGAUAGUGGAAGUCAAACUAUUAUCUCGCUCUCAUUAAAGCUUUGGCAGGUGGCAACACGUGCAUUAAUGACAAAAUAAUCAAUACAUACAGACAUUUUCUAAAGAAACUUAUGGAAACCACAUGUUCCACGUUGACUGUCUGAGUGUACCAUUAUGUCAAGAAAUGCGUUGAAGACAAGGAGGUUGAAGUGCUCAUGUGCCGACGGAAGAACAACGAGCGGAUAUCCUCACGAAGCCCCUUGGACGAGUCAAGUCUGCUGUUUUCCGCACACUGACUGGAGUUCAAGCUGUAGUUGAUCAGACGCGAGCUUAA